UUUGCAGAUCUGUGUUACAGAUUUUUUAUUUUCAGCUAGAAAGUUUAAAUUUUCGCAUUUCGUUAGAUUGCAAGAGUAUCUUAUAAAUUACAAGUAUACAGUUCUCUUACUAAGUGAUCCAAGAAACUUUUAAAAUGCGCUUUUUAAUCAAGCAAACGGGUAGCGGUAGUGAGCGUAUAGGUAACCUCACAUGUUUUCUGAGAUCACCCGGCGCGGAAAUUGAAACACCCACUGCAGCUUUGUUUACACAGGGUGGCAGCGUAGUCCAUUUAACAGCAGAAGUUUUAUCUCAAGUAUUUUCCAAUACUAAGUUACUAUGGCUUCCUCUUUCAAAUUCAAUACAAUUAGAGAAUGGUGUGAAAGCGCAAAAUGAUGGAGUGGCAAAGUUUGCUGGCUUGCCAGAACAUGUGACAUGUACAACUUUGCACAGUUUGUCUGAAGUAACACCAUCUGGACACUUUGAGCUUGAUAGAGCACCCUUGUGGACAAAGAAUGGGAAGAAAAUGGUAUCGGCUGAUAGAUAUAUGGAUGUAAUGGAAAUAUUCAAACCAGACAUAAUUUUGGCGAUUGCAGAUGGCCGCACUUCUCUCAAUGAAGGGAGCAAGCGGAUAUCCAAGUCAGUGGAAAGGAGCUAUAGCAUGCUCAAAACAUGUGUGGACCGCUAUAAGGCUUCAAAGGAGCUAAAGAACAGUUCUCUUGUAGGUGUUGUAGUAGGAACCGGAAACCCAAAGAGAUGUGAUGAUAGUAUACAGAAUAUUUUGAAACAUGUUGAUAGUUUAACUGGAAUUGCACUUCAAGGGAUUCUAGAUGGGACAGAAGAGUCUAUGAAUGUUGAUACUGAGAAAUUGAAUGAAAUUUUAGAUAAAGUUGGAAAAGUGUUCCCCAAAGACUUAGUUCGUCUAUUUGAAGGGCAUUGGAACCCUAGUAUAAUAAUGUUAGCGAUACAACACGGAUGGGAUGUGUUUGACGGAUCCUAUCCUGUGAAACUUACCAAUGCUGGUCUUGCGAUGAAGUUGAACUUUGAUGUUACCAAAGAUGUUGAUACUAUGUACCUCCUGGAUAUGGUUGAUGAAAGAUAUAAAGAAGACUUCACACCAAUUUUGGAGGGGUGCGAAUGUCUAACAUGCAGGAAACAUACUCGAGCGUAUAUUCGACACUUGUUAAACACGCGGGAAAUGCUGGCGUCUGUUUUAUUGAGCAUACAUAAUCUUCACCACUUUGAUCAAAUGUUCUACCACACACGUCAACACAUCGCCGCAAACACGUUUGCAGUAUUCAAGCAACAUAUCACCAAGCAGUGUGAAAUGUUAAAAAACUCCGCGCCAGAUCGAUAUAAGGGCUCAAACGGACCUAACAUGCAGACGGAAAAACUAAGCGCUCAACAGAAUAAGAAGAAACGUGUGAGUGAAAUAAAUAGCAAUAAUAUAAUUAGUAAUGGUAUUUAAAUCUGUUUGUAUUUUACUUCGAUAAAUAAUUACACUAUAAAUAUACGUCACAUACAAAAUCUAACAGAAAAAGUGUCCAGUUCGAGUUUAUUUUGUAUACAGCAGAACAAAAAUAAAUCAAUGCAAAAACACUCUCCUUCAAAUAACUUUAAACCGU